GCUGCUGCAGACCAAAACAAAAUUUGAUGGAGGAUGUUUUCAGAAGGAUGUUUGUGAUCCGAGGAAAUUUGAGAAUUAGUCACCGGCCUGCUAUCUUAAUGGCAAAGAAAUGAGUCAUAUGCUGGCAGAAUAGUGAAAAGGUCACGCGGAAUGAAGCCGAACGAAGAUAAGAACCCCGAAAGUCUAGACUAUGAGGUAUCACCUCUGGAAGUGUUUCAAGAUGUUGGUGUUUUAAUAGUUGAAGGCAGACUGCCAGAAUUUUCCUUCAGUGGACGGCGAGAAGGCACCCACUGCUGGCCAGUCAGUCCGUUUUCAGAAAAGAAUUGCUGUCAUGUGGGCAGUGAAAAUAAAAGAUCAAUGUGCAAUUUUGUCAAGUCAACUAGAAAGAGAAUGGAGGAUAUUUGGAAAGGAACAAUUCCACUUUUUAUUGAAGUGCUUGUUUGUCUGGAUAACUUGUUUCCUCAUACUGGAAAGGAAAAAGACCCUUCUGAAAUAUACUUAGAUUUUCUGCCUGAUAGUCGCACCCAAGGAACAUUGUUGUUGGAGCGAUGGAAACUUAAACUGAAUGACAAAAGCUUCAGUUCAAGUCCUUCAUCAUUUGUGAGCAUCAAUAUGUUGUUACAGGCAGUGCGAUCUUUUCUACAUUUCUCACAACUAAGUGCCUGGUUGAUUAGGACAGGAGGCAGAAUACCAAGCUCUUUAAUUUACAGGAUAGUUAAAGAAGAGGAUGUCCAUCCAUUAGAUUUCAUCUCACCCCCAGAGGCACACACUUUCCCACAAGCAUUAAUUUCAAGAACUGAAGUUGUUGAGACAAUUGUGCACUCAUUACCAAGGUUGAACCUGGAAACACUUAUAUCAAUGAGUCCAUAUCGAGAGUUUAACUUAUUAAUUGAGAGGCAAAUAUGGAUGUGCUCACAUGAAAAAGCUGUACAAAAAAGUGAAUUUGGAAUGGAGAUAUCAAACAACUCAACUGAUUCAGAGGAAACUCCUUAUAAGAAAAAACUGACUAAAGGAAGUGAAAAUGGAUGUCAAAAUGGCACACAUUGUGAUGUAAUUUUUGUACCAGAUCCUGUUGUACGACCACGGAUUAAAUUACAAAGAGAAAGAACAGGAAAGAUAGGCGCAGCAUUGAGGAAAAGGUUGUCCUUUGAAUGUGAUCAGCAGACAACACAGGAGUUACCAGGUUCACAAAAGUUUGAAAGAUGGCAGAAAAAAAAUGGGCCAAAGUGCAGAAGAAUGUUUAGUUUUGAGGGAGGUGAUGAUAGAAAGAAAAAAACAUUAGAAUCUCGAGCAAUUUCAUGCCAACAAGGUAAAAAAUGUGAAGGAAAUAGUGGUAAUUCAGAUCAUGAUUUUGAUGUUGUUAUGUCACUUGAAGAUGAAUGGAAUGCUAAGUCAUCUAAAACUGCAUUGAAUGAAGACAAUUCUGUAUCAAAAGGAAAUAUUCAUAAAGACCUGGUUGCUAGUGAUAGAAGUAAUGACUGUCAGCUUGUUUCAAGCAGAAAUCCCACUGUAGAAGACUGCUCAAGGCAUAAGAUCUUUCACAUUGGGACUGAAGAUGGAGACGAUAAUGUGUUUAAAGACAAUAACAACUGUAAAAUUGACAACAUGGUUGGUACUAGUGAAAAUGGCUUGGGCAGGUUUUCAAAUGAAAGCAGGUGUCAAUCACGUGGAAAAUCUUCUGCAAAUGGAGGAAAAGUAGUCACAAACAGUUGCAAUGAUGGUGUCAAAUGUGAUGACAGAGAAAGUGAAAAGCAAUUUGAUCUAAAUUUAAAUGUAGAUAAAAACACUGCAGACAGUGCAAUAACUAAGCUUGAGUCUCAGGUUAACAGUUUAUCAUUUGCUGAGCAAAUACAACAGAAUGGUAACGAUAAAGGUGGGAAGAGUUCAAGAAUUCAAGUUGAAAAUGAAAUGGAAUCAUCUCUGCCAGAUGGAAAAUUACAUUUAGGAAGGUGUUUUUCUUCAGCAAACUUCUCAAAGAAUACCAAAGAGAAGAUGCGCAGAUCAGAGUCUUACACAGGCGCGAGGCCCAUUCCCUUUGCAACACGACUUUCUCUAGGCGCUUGCACCGUUCCCGUGUUCCAUGCAAAAACCGGUCUUCCAGUUGCGUCCAGUCCAGCGCCAUUGAGAAGGCCCGAGAAGGCAAAAAACGGCGAUGAAAAUGGAAAUGAAAACGGGACAUUGCUGUCGCCAAGCGUGGAAAUCAAGAAAUCUCGAAAGUCUUCCUGUGAAUAUGGCGGGCUCCAAAGCAGCAAGCUCCUGAGCAGAAGUGCCCCCGCAUCUACGCGUCUUCUCGGCAACUUCGAGGAAUCUGUUUUAAAAGGACGAAUUCCUGUUUUUGGAACUGUUGAGGGUUUCACAGCCGAAAUUGGUGCAAGUGGUUUGUUUUGCCCCAAACACAUCACCUUACCGAUCAAAUGCCAAUUCUUUAGGACAUCUGAUGACAAUGCCCCCUCACCUUAUAUGGGGCACAUUUCGCUGCGAAACUCAAAAGGCAAAAAAGGCUAUCAUGUGCCGCGCAAGGGAACAAUUCAACUGACGCUUUUCAAUCCAAACAAAACCGUUCUCAAGGUCUUCGUCGUUUUGUACGAUUUCAUGGACAUGCCCGCAGAUUCGCAUACCUUCCUUCGCCAGAAGAUUGUUUCGGUCAAAAAAUAUUCAGAUGACAAGGAUGAGCAGCAAAAUCUUCAUUAUUUGGUUCAUUUAAGGUUUGCUUCCACCAAGCAUGAUCGGAUCUACUUGCACACUGAUGUCCGAGUGAUCUUCCCGCAGCAGACUCCGGACACGACAGGAUCGAAUCUAAAAAUAUUGACCUAUGGUCCAGUGGAGCCUAAAUACACGCCAAGAGAUCGGUGACAACCCUGCUUAUCUUAGCCUUAUUUAUACAAUGUAUAUUUGCAUCCAAUGAUAUUACUACACCUUAAUAUAGAAUGUAUGCCUGUUGCUUGUAUACCAUAGUUUAUAAUAGAUCGUAUGCCUGUGUGUACGUCAUACCAAAUCUUAGACCAUAUGCCUUAAGCUUGUAUGCUACUUUAUAAAAGGCCUUAUGCAUGUUAACUGUGGUUGCUCCAUUUGCUAGGCGUUGCCUUGCUUGCUUGAAUGUUGCCUCGCAGUUAUCGUUGCAGCCUCACCACUAUGUACUACACUCAGUGGAACAAUUAACCAUCAUCGCAGGUGUUUUGUUUGGAUCCAUUUAGGUCCCGUGCUUUUUUCACGCGCGCCCUCUGCACGGGCUCUACCAGGGUCCUGGUGGAUCUUGGCGGGUUAAAAUGGCUUUCCGAUUUCACAUUGCCAUUAUGAUCCAAUCUUAGUUUGUUUAGUUAAUUUUUAAUGAAUUGCAGCUUAAAAGAUGGACGAUUCCAAAUGAUGUUUCACGGCAAAUUUCUUGAGCAUUGCAAAUGUUUUUCUUCUGGUGAGGUUGAAGAUACUUGUUGUCUUGAUUUCAAUCUUGAAUUCUUAGUUUGUAUCGAAUUAUUCAUUAUUAAUAUAUGCUAAUGUACCCAAGUUGUGUGCGUGUGAAUAAUUAGGCAAUUGAUGCUAAUGUAUUUAGUUUGUUAAGUCUAUUAUGCAUCUUUACUUAGGAAUAUUAAAUUAUUUAUAAAUGGUUAGGUUAGCUCUGUACAAUCUUCGAUUUACUCGAAUGUUAAAAAAUUUUUGGUGUUGAAUUUUUUUUGCUAAUGGCAAAUGAAA